CUGGCAUAAAGCCAAGUUUGUGUUUCUACUUUCGGUUUAGUUGGAUCGUACUGUUCACAAGGAAGUCCGUCUCUUUCCUGUUGAGUUUGUGUGUAUCACAUUUGUGAUAUCUAGCCUCCAUAGUGUCCACACACGAUGACCGCUACUUACCCAUGUCCGGGCAUCAGGGUGGUCAGAGGUCCUGAUUGGGCGGGGAGAGACCAAGAUGGCGGUGAAGGUCACGUGGGAACGGUUGUCAAGAUAGAGGCUUCUGAUUGGGCAAAAGGAAAAGUGUCCGUUAUCUGGGACAGUGGCCGUGAGUUCCAGUACCGGGCAGGGUUUGAUGGCAAGUUCGAGCUGCUGGUGUUUGACUCAGGGCCUACAGGAGUUCAACAAAAAGGCUUCACAUGUGACGGGUGUGGGGAGGAUAACAUCGCAGGAAUGAGAUGGAAGUGUUCGCAAUGUACGGACUUCGACUUGUGUACCCUGUGCUACAACACAGAACGCCAUGCGACGGACCACGCCUUCCUCCGGUGUCUCACCAAUAACUCACCACUUGUACGAGUGUCGCCUCGUUCCGGCACACAAAGAAUCCGUGCCAUCGGUCUGUUCAAGGACUCAAAGGUGAUGCGUGGUCCUCACUGGAAAUAUGGAAGUCAAGACGGUGGAGAAGGCAACACCGGGGACGUCGUGAAGCUCGGGUCAUGGACGGGAGGGUACAGUCGGGGAGCUGUCAAUGUGAGGUGGGAGGGGGGGCAGGACAGUCUGAAGGGCUACCGCUUGGGUGCUCAGGGCAAGGUGGAACUCGUCACGGUGGACGAGAAACAAGGCUGGAGGUAUUACAAGGCUCAUCUCCCGGUCCUCGAUGUUUUGAAUCCAAAUGACGUUCGCCUGAAAGUUGGGGACAAAGUGAAAGUGGAGGUUGACAAGGAUAUAUUUGAACGCAUGCAUAAGGACAUAACAGGUCUUCGUGAAGGCAUGUCACAGUGUUUGGGAGAGGUUGGUACCGUCGUUACUCUUCCCCCAAAAGACGAGCGCGUCAUUAUCGCACAGUACCAGGAUGCAGAGAAGUAUGGUCUGGUUAAGUCCACUUUAACAAGGCUGCACACCUUUGCCGUCGGAGACACGGUGAAGCUCAUCACCAACUACAACGCUGCCGUGGAGCUCCAGAACGGACAUGGCGGAUGGAAUGACAAAAUGGAAGAUUGUCUAGGAAUGACAGGCCAGGUGGUUGAGAUCGACAAGGACGGGGAUCUGAGGGUCGCCUUUGGGCCAGUAAAAUGGUUCUUCAGCCCCGUCAGCUGUGAUCCUCAGGACAGGGAAACCUUGUCUGGCUCCGGCCUCUCCGUCGGAUCCAAUAAAAGCACCAGCUCAGAAUCUUCUACAUCCGAUGUGGAUGACAUAGCCGAAGGUGUGGCUAAGGUCCUGUUCGGCCUUCUGAAACCAGGAGACAGUGUUCUGUAUAAGCCGAAUACGUCAUCUGCCCGAGACCUCGUCAUCGCCGUCAGCAACGGCGACACAGAAACAGUGAAAAACAUUGUCAAGUCUAUUGGUGACAAGGUAAACGAAUCAGUGGAUGGCCUCACGGCACUGCAGGCGGCGUGUUACAAAGGUCAUGCUGACAUUGCCACGCUUCUGAUCAGCGCUAAGGCGGAUCUAAACAAACCUGAUGACGAUGGUGAUACCCCUCUACACUAUGCUGUGUCAGGAGAGCAGCCCACCCUAGUAGGGAUACUGCUGGACGCCAAGGCACGGGGCGACACGAAGAACAACAAGGGACUGACACCAAUACAUCUGGCAGUGGCCAAGAAGAACCCCAGUGUCGAGUGUUUGAAAAGACUCAUACGGUCCAAGUGUGACCCGAACACACAGGAUGAGGACGGAGAUACGCCCCUCCACGAUGCCAUCAGAACCCAGAACCAGCAUCUUCUUGACCCCUUCCUGGAAUGUGCUCAGCUCAGCAUGAGACUCGCUAACUCAUCAGGCUGCAACCCUUUCCAUGAAGCGUGUACGUCACUGUCUGGGGCCACAGAGUUUCCACAAGCUCUAAUACAAAGAGACCCGAAGAUUGUCAACGUUCCAAUGAACAACGCCCUCACCCCAAUACACAUAGCAGCUUUCAGGAGCUUUGUGGCACUAGCAGGUGUCCUGGUUAAGGCUGGCUGCAACGUCAAUGCACGAGACGACAACGGCAAAACAGCGCUUCAUCUGGCUGUGCAAGGAUGUAAUCUGCAGAUUGUCCAACUGCUCCUGGAAUCUGGGGCGGAGAUCAACGUACAGGACAAAGACGGCAAUUCCCCUCUACACGCCGCUCACAUGGACAGCACCCUGCCAGGAGCUGAGGGUUCCAAGGACGAGGAUUUGGCACUGGAGAUACGCUGCCAUCUCGCUGAACGUGGAGGAGACAUCAGGCUGAAAAACAAGGCUGGGAAGACGCCCCUUGAUUUCGUGAAAAACAAAGAAGUCCGCGUUAUGUUAGAGAGAAUUGCAAAGCGGCCUUUGUCCUCGACAAUGAGCCAGUCAAAGCGUCUUCCGGCACACUGGGAAAGCAUGGGACGGGACGGCUUUAUGAAGGUGGAGUUGAGUGAGUCCAACCCGUUGACGGCCUUUGAGUACCGACACGUCGAGUCCAGGAUGGAGGACACACUGUCCAAUAAGAGUAUCCAGUCCAUCUACCGCAUCCAGAACGUGGCAUUGUGGGAACAGUAUAGCGUGGCCAAGGGCAACAUGGAACGUGAGUACGGCCGUGGUCUUGCCAAUGAAAAGCAACUCUUUCACGGAACCACACCAGACUCGGCCGAUAUCAUCCCGCACCAAAACAUCGACUUCCGGUUAGCCGGAAGUAGAGUGGGCGCCCUCUAUGGCCAAGGGGCGUACUUUGCUGUGGACGCCAAGUAUUCGGAUGGCUACGCUAAAGAAGAUGCCAGGCGUCACAGGUUCAUGUUCUUGGCUAAAGUUCUUGUGGGGAAGUCGAAGCAAGGAAACCGAGAGUUGAAACGUCCCCCAGUGUUGGAUUCCAGCAACAAAACUAAACUCGCUGACUCAGCAUGUGAUAACGAAACAAGCCCGAGAAUCUACGUGAUUUUCAGCGAAAGUCAAAUAUACCCAGAGUAUCUGAUUGAAUAUUGUUGAUUUUGCAAUUUAUGUAAGUGUUUUUAGCCAGCAGAUUGUGUCUUUGCUGCAAUCUUCAAAAUGUUCGCUGACAACACUCGUGUCUACAGGACUCAUUAUGUUUUUAAUCGGAUUCCUUAUCAGUUGACAUGCAAAAUAAUUACUAAUUAUUAUAUAAACUUUUAAUCCUGAACGCACUGGCACCACUCGUGUUCACAGGGCUCCUAGUAUUUUUAAUCGGAUUCCUUUUCAGUUGACAUGCAAAAAGAUUACUAUAAACCUUUAAUCCUGAACGCAUUGUAUUAUCAAAUGCUCUUCCGACCUACCAUAAAGGGAAAUACUGAUUUUACAUGAAGAUGGUACAUGUAUCUGUAGAUUACGAGGGCGGUCGGGUAGCCUAGUGGUUAAAGCGUUCGCUCGUCACGCCGAAGACCCGGGUUUGAUUCCCGACAUGGGUACAAUGCCGUGAUAUUGCUGGAAUAUUGCUAAAAGCGGCGUAAAACCAUACUGACUCACUCAUGUAGAUUACGUCAUAGGUGAGUGAGGGUUACGUUACAGGGUGACGUAAUGGGACAUCAUGGUGUGUUGUCAUGACGACCCAACGGUAGUCCGCAGGCACACGUUCGUCAAAAUGUAAUUCAUAUUAAGUUGGGUGUUUUUAGUGUUAAAAUGCACAUCAAAUCAGACAUGGUAUAUUGUGAGAGUCCCAGCAGUAACGUUUGAAACGUGAACAUUACUGAUUGACGUCGCACAUUGACGCUGCGGUUUAUACAAUCUUUUAACAUGUUAAAUAUAUGGAUGACUUGUCAAGUUUCCAUGGUAACAUGCCCAUCCAUUAGCAUUCUUGUACACCUGACAUACGUCAUAGACAUGUGUCUACGAAAAAACUAUUAUAUCCUUUUUCGUGGAAAGCAUCAGAAAAGCAUCUUACACGAGGCCAUGAUCAGUAUAAUACACAAUGAAUUGGUAUUGAGAUAUAGUUUACUGGUGACUUGAGUUGUUACGUAUGGAUUUGUGUUUCAUGUUAGCAGACACUAGAUUGUCACGAUGCAACAUGUUCGGGUGAAAAUGUAUUUAUCUAUAUUUGUAGUUGCAUGUAUACAUGAAUAUUGUGAUCACGCAUGGCACUUUUUUCUGUUUGUUUGUUGUGUAACGCCGCAUUCAGCAUUUUCCAGCUAUAUGACGGCGGUCUGUAAAUAAUCGAGCAUCGAUCCACGCAACUGGAAUACGAUGACAUGUAUCAACCAAGUCAGCGAGCCUGACCACCGAUCCCGUUAGUCGCCUCUUACGACAAGCAUAGUCGCCUUCCACGCGGGAUCUUCACGGGUCUUUUACCCAAAGUAACAUUCAUAUAUGCUAAUCCCGCGUUCAUACUGUAUUAGUACUUUAGACAGUAUAACGUUUAAGGUCGAAGAUGUUAACAAGAUCGGCUAAGCCUACGGGCACGGACGAGUUGCUGACAAACCAAGGAUUAUAAUCUAGAGUUGGCGGUUCGUGUAGGAAUUCGACCAAGUACUGGAACAUUCUAAUGAAACUUGUAUGAUGAAAUUAAAACAGUGAAAAUUCCAUGACGUUUAAUGUUUAGUAUACUGUCAGAAGAGGGGUACUGUUUUAUCCUUUCACCAUUCUCAUUGCCACCUGUAUUUCUGUUUAACACGAAAGGAAAUGUUAUGCAUAACUCCGUAACGUGUUCAAGAUUGCAAAUGUAGUAGAAACUAGUUUGUUUUCAUUAAGAAGACAUCAAUAUGUGUAGUGUGUUACUUUUCAUUUCCAAUUAACUCCUAUAUCAGAAUGUGACAGUCAGGAUAACACACAUAUACGUGUACACCCCUUCCAGUUUUAAACCAGGUGUUGUCAUAUGUAACGGUCUUUGAGGAUUGAAGGCCUGUGUUGUAAGUCGCCCGUGUGCUCGUUUCAGUUUCAGGCUAAUUCUAUCAAGUAGAUCAUUUAUAUCAAUGCUACCAUAAAAGGUGUUGUAUAUUAUUGUAAUAAAAUGCUCAAAUAAAAUA